UGUGUGUGUGUGUGUGUGUGUGUGUUUACACAGACGGGAAUACUGCGCCAGAGGAAGUGCGCCCGCUCUCCGUCUGCGCGUCCCGACUUCCUGCUCUGAGGCAGGAGGGAGAAAAGCUGCGGAUCCGCUUUCAGACAGCGGGGCAGUAGCAGCAGCAGCAGCAUGGAGCCCCGAAACAACACACACGCUCUCCUUUAAGAACAGAACUCCCACGACACGCGCGGACAGAGGCACAGAGAGAAGGGCCGCAGCCGUUUACAACUGGGACACUGGUACCUGUGCCAUCAUGGAGAGCUCCAUCACGCUCUGGCAGUUUCUACUCCAGCUGCUGCUUGACCAGAGCCACAAACAUCUCAUCUGCUGGACGUCCAACGACGGCGAGUUCAAGCUGCUCAAGUCGGAGGAGGUGGCCAAGCUGUGGGGGCUGCGGAAGAACAAGACCAACAUGAACUACGACAAGCUGAGCAGAGCGCUGCGCUACUACUAUGACAAAAAUAUCAUCAAAAAAGUGAUUGGACAAAAGUUUGUCUACAAGUUUGUUUCGUUUCCUGAAAUUCUGAAGAUGGACCCGGCAGUGGUGGAGUCUGAUCGUAGUAUCGAGGAGGUUAGGGGGGCCAUGUCAGAACCUGAAGCUGAAGAGGAGGACAGAAACCAGUAUCUCCAUUCCAACUUAUACUCCCCGAUCACCAUUAGCUCCCUGCAACACGUUUUGGAAAAGCACCGGCCAAUCAAAAAGGAGCCUAGAUGCCAGGAAAACUCUUCCGUCAUCCGAUUUGUAACCACCGGUGGCCACUCAUCCCUUCCUCCGACCCCACCUCCAUCUACGACAGACAGCCCAAAUUUCUCCUUGCUGUCUCCUCGGCUGGCUGGCUCUUCCUCCCCAUCCCAAAGCCCCGCCCACAUACGGGUGAGGGGGCAGAACCUUGGCACAGAUACUGAUUAUGUUGAAUCUAUCGCUCAACCUUUAAACUUAUCAUCUGGCCAGAGGGAAAGGGAGAAGUUACAGUGCACCCCAACGCCAGAGAGAAGGGGGUUGACCGACAGUAAACCUUCAAAAGGCAGAAAACCCAAAGGCUUGGAAAUCUCUGCCUCCCCUCUUCUCCUGACGGGGAGUGACCUCGUCUCCAUUGCCCUCAACAGUCCGGCACUACCCUCUGGAUCUCUUACCCCUGCCUUUGUGACUGCUCAGACACCAUCUGGUCUGUUGCUAACUUCCAGUCCUCUGCUGUCCAAUAUCCAUUUCUGGUCUGGCCUGAGUCCAGUGGGACCUCUGAGCCCAGCCCAGCUGCAGAGCCAUGCCCAACUCUUCCAGUUCCCCACACUGCGGAAUGGACCCAUUCCUCUCUCCAAUGUGGAUGCUCCCUCUCCUCUGCUGCUCUCCUCCAGCUCCCACAAGUCCUGAUGCCAGCAGGAGCUCUGUGAGCGAAGAGGGUCAGAUCAUCAUCAUCAUAGGACCAGACCAUCCCUGAACUUGGAUGGAGAUGAACCUGACUGAGUAUGCUUGCUCUGAGACCUUUAUCCCAGAAGAAACGGGAGGUCCACUCUGAGGAUUUGCUCUCUGAGAAGGGCACAGCCUUCUUUUUUUGUAUGUUUACUUCAGGGUCACCAUCACACUUGUUUUAAAACACCUGACGUGGGGUCAGACUGUUCCACAGCUCCUAUUUCAUUUGGUAACCAGUCACAGCCCAAACCUCUAUUAAUAAACAGGUUUUCCUUUGCCGUUAUCCUCUCUAGUUGUCAUAAAUAGUCCCGGCAUCAGUUCUGCCUCAGACUAAGAUUCUAAGAAAUUCUUGAAGAUUUGUGAGCUAAAAUCAGAAAGCAUUACAACUUAAGUAGAACUGUGAAAACCUUUCUUAACCCUCUAAGACUUGAUGCAACCAGAGUGUGUUGGCUCACAUCAUAUUAGGGCUUAUGCUAUUUUUACACAUCAAAAAUACAUUUAAAUGAUCAUAACUGCCACAUUUGCUAUGUGCUUGUUACCUUAAAAGAAUAACAGCACUACUAACAAUACUGUUCAAGGUGCUAGUUGAUAUAGUUGCUUUUAAGCAAGCUUAUAUUUUCCCCUCUUAAAUCUUAAGACUAAGAACUUCCUUUUCCCUUAGCUUCAGCAAUAAGUUAUAUUUUUUGAAGAAAAAAGGUAAAGGUUUUUAAAAAAUGUCAAAAUAUACCCCCAAACAAGUUUAUAAUGUAAGAAGAAAAACAGUAUCCUGCUGUUCUGCUGCGUCUUAUGUGUCCGCUUUAACCACCAUUUUUAAUGUGAACAGUUUGUCUGUCCUGGAUUCUGAAAGCCUCAGGAUUAAAUUUGAUCAAACGCUGGAAAAAAUGAACAAACUUGGCUACAUGAGAUGGGUCUAUAAACAACUCCUAGCAAAGAGUCUGCUAGCCAGAGUUAAAAUUCAGCGCAGGUCUUCCUGCACAAUUUUCUAUACUUUUAAUCUUUUCUUUUUUUGCACUGUACUGUACUUUUUAGCCAUCUCGUUGCUGUACCUUUUACUAUGUAAGGUUUUUGUAAAUGUGUUAAGAGCUUUAUACUUUCUUGGUCAAAACUGCACAAACAGCUUUUUUGUAGCUAUAAAAUUGCUCCUGGGUUUUUUUUUUAGUUUUUUGUUUUAGGAAAAACAGCAGAUUAUUGUCAGUGUUGUACAUUUGUUUUCAUUUUGUUGUUUUUAAAUAAAUGACUUUUCCUUUUUCAAAAAAAAAUCUUA